AUGGAACAAACGCUCAACCACCUGAAAAUAAUCUUAACAUUAAUGUACAGUAGAAUAAAAGCUGGAACAUCGCAGCCACUCAAACAGCAUGACAACAAACCUCCUCGCCAUGCGAACACCACCUCAAUUCCAUCUUUCAAUACAAACACAUCAACACGAACCAAACGCCAAACCAAACCAAAAUCCACAAUGCAAGGGACAGAGCCUCUGGCUCGCAGUUCCAAUCAGCCACAUCCACAGACACAUCAAUCGAACCAUCGAGGACCUCCAUCCAUGGUCCCACACCCACCAAUGACUUCCCCAACACCCCCACACACACUCAUCAACUAA